CGGCAGUAGGCACGGACUCGCCCCAUCCUCGCAAAGGCUGUUGUAGGGGAGAAAUUACCUGUGACUUCUCUGUGCCUAGACUCAGCCUAGAUUCCUGGGCUUGCGUUUCCCACAGUGCGAAGCUUUCCCAUGGUUCUCUCCCCACCGGCUCUGUGUCCAUCACUAAGUUUCCCCGUCCUACAGCCUCCCACCCUGGGCUUGGACACUUCUCCGGCUUCGUCACCCAUCUCAUUCUUGACGAGUCAAAUGGAAUAACCCAGGAGGAUGGGGCUCCAAUGUCCCUUAAGGACAAAGGCUUAAAAGAGGAGGGGAGAGAAGAGACGGAACCGAGGGCUGUGGGCCUGUCUCGGGUCUGAGAUCUGGAUGUGUGUGUGCAUCUUAAGUCCCCACGGGUUCCAGCCGGACGCACCCCACCAGCCGCGCCCGUGGAGACGGGGCCACGCAGCCUCGGCUCCUGUGGGCAGGGAGUCCGCCCGUCCCGCUGCUCUGAGGGGUCACGGAGCCUUUGCCCUGGUUGUUGGGAGGGCAGUGCACUUGCACUUUUCACACGCUGCCUCUGGUUCCGACUCCUUUCCUCCGGAGAUAAGCUCAGCACCCCCGUGUGGCGGGGUCAGAUGGGCGGGACGGCGGCUUCAGCGGGCUGUGAGCUCCAUGAAUACAAGCUGGGAGCCGCCCUAUAAAUAGCCCAGCACUGUCAGCCUGUGUGGCAACACAAGACUGAGGGCGUGGGGUAUUUUCGGGCUUGAUCUGCAGGGCCCGCCUGCAGGGUUAUAAGCCAGUGGCCGCUCCACCUGCUAAUCUGGUCGGAGGGCUCUGGCUGGGCGGACCGUUGGAGGGACACAGCCCGGAGGGACACAGCCCAGAGGGACGCUGGCCACGCUGCCCCUCUCUCCCCCAUGGCACAGAUCAUUCGCAGGCACCUCAUAGAGACCCCGGUGCGCUACCAGGAGCAGUUCGAGGCGCGGGGUCUGGAGGGCUGCAGGCUGGACCACGCCUUAUUCGCACUGCCCGGGCCGACCACCGUGGACCUGGGGAAAGCCGGCACGGCCCGGGAUCCGGCAGGGGACACCGAGGCAGAGGCGCCAGCUCGGGGCGGCAAGGCACGCUUCCAGGUCUUGCUGGACGUGGUCCAGUUCCUCCCCGAAGACAUCAUCAUCCAGACCUUCGAAGGCUGGCUGCUGAUUAAGGCGCAGCACGGAACCAGGAUGGACGAACACGGCUUCAUCUCGCGGAGCUUCACCCGGCAGUACAGGCUGCCCGAGGGCGUGGAGACCGGGGACCUGUCCGCCCUCCUCUGCCACGAUGGCAUCCUGGUGGUGGAAGUGAAGGGCCCGGCGGGGACCGAGUGACCUCUCCCGCACUGUGCUUCCCGGGCACGAGGGCAGUCGCCGGCCAGCCAGCGACGGUACCACAGGAGUGUGUGUGUGACCCACGUCGGACAUGCUUCUCUGGAAGAUUGAAGGUGGAGACGUGGUCCCCGGUGUGUUGAGCUUGUCUUUGUUCCCUUAACAAGAGAGGACUCUCGUUGACUAUAUCCCCAGUGAACAGAGUGCUGCUCUUCUUGCCCCUGACACACUGAGGGUCGUGGGGACUAGUGUGGCACUGGCAGGAACUCGGAACUGUCUCUUUGUCACGGCCCCUCCGGCCGACAGGCUUCUCUUCUCAGUGUGUCCGAAUCGCAGCUUUGUGACGGAGUCCGACAGUCACAACACGGGACUUGGAGACUGAGUCUGAAGAAUGUGUGUGAUUCACUACAGUCCGCCUUGAACUCGUGUGGCGUUUACAAUAGAAACCUUACUUUGAAAAGGUC